AUGAAUUCCCGGCCGUUGAAACGGAGGAAGGUUACACCCCCGCGCGACGAUAUCCAAGAUACCGGAAACACCGAUACCAAGGUCCAGAAAGCGUUUUUCAAGAACGCCGCCGGCUGGAACCUCGAACAAAACUACGAGUCGAAAUCGAGGAAAGCCAAGAAGAAGGAAGCAAAAAAAAAUGGAAAUGAGGUGGGGGGGAGACUCCCGGUGAGAACCGCUCAAGGGUCAUGGCAAGUUCACGACGAUGCCGAAUCAAUCGCUAGUGACGCCGACUGGCUCGAGGGCGAAGGAGACGACGGAGGCGCUGAGGAAGAGCCCGAGACUGCUGCGCCAGAACCGCCCAAAAUUCCGGAGCGCGAGCAGAUUCGCAAAGCUCAGGAAGAGCUCGCCAAAAUAGCAACACAACUCAAUGAAGACCCUGAGGAAUACCCCGGUGCUUUCAAGUCCUUGGCCCGUAUUGGCGACUCGCCCAUCCCGGCCGUACAGAAGCUCUGCAUUGUUACGCAGAUGACUGUUUAUAAGGACGUCAUACCGGGCUACAGGAUACGACCGGCUUCUGAGGAAGUUGCUGGGGAAAAGGUAUCCAAGGAUGUGAAGCGGUUGCGGACCUACGAACAGGCGCUGGUGGCAGGCUAUCAGGGGUACAUCAAGACAUUAACGAGGCACGCGGGUUCAACAGUCGUCGAGACUCGGAGAGGAGGUCAAUCGGUUUCCAGCAUCGCGUUUACUUGCGCUUGCACUCUUGUCAAUGCCGUCCCACACUUCAAUUUCCGAGGCGAACUCCUGAGAAUACUGGUCAAGAAGCUCAGUGGUCGCAAGGUGGACGACAACUUCACCAAGUGCCUACAGACUUUAGAGACACUGUUCCAGGAAGAUGAGGAAGGGAAUGCGACUAUGGAGGCCGUCUCUCUUCUCAUCAAGAUGAUGAAGGCUCGCGAGUACAGGGUGGAUGAGAGUGUGCUCAACAUGUUCCUCCAUCUACGCCUACUGUCCGAGUUCGCGGGCAAGGCCUCGCAGGAUUCGGUCACCCGUCCCGGCGACCAGCCAGUUGGCAAGAAGCAAAAGGCGAAAAAGGAGUUCCGGACCAAACGGGAGCGGAAGCUGCUGAAGCAGCAGAAGGAAGCGGACAAAGUCAUGGCUCACGCAGACGCAGCGGUUAGCCACGAAGAGCGGGAGCGGAUGCAGUCGGAAAUCUUGAAGAUGGUGUUCGCCACCUACUUCCGCAUUCUUAAGGCGCGCACGCCGCAUCUUAUGGGAGCAGUCCUCGAAGGCCUCGCCAAAUACGCCCAUCUUAUUAACCAGGAUUUCUUUGGGGACCUGUUGGAGGCGCUCAAGGAUCUUAUCAGGGAAAGUGAGGUCUCAAAGCAGCCGGCGGACGGCGAGACGAACGGCACUGAGGAGGAGGAAGAAGAAGACGACGAGCUCUCAGUGAUCCGCGACACCAGCAGAGAGGCCCUGCUUUGCACUGUAACGGCCUUUGCCCUCCUCGAGGGCCAGGAUGCCCAUAACGCCCGCUCCGACCUCCAUCUCGACCUCUCCUUUUUCAUCACCAACCUCUACCGUAGCCUUCUCAGCCUCUCCGUCAACCCCGAUGUUGAGCUCGGUGCCAAAUCUCUCCACCUUGCGGAUCCCGAUGACACCUCUUCCGAGAACCCAGCCAACCGCAAAACCAAUAAAGUCAACCUCCAAACCACCACAGUCCUGCUCCUACGCUGCCUUACCGGAGUGUUGCUGCCGCCCUGGAACAUCCGCUCGGUGCCGCCGCUCCGGCUGGCCGCCUUCACCAAGCAGCUCAUGUCCGUAGCGCUGCAGCUACCAGAGAAGUCGUGCCAGGCAAUGCUGGGCGUGGUGCAUGAUGUUGUGCACACACACGGGCGCAAGGUCAACGCGAUGUGGAACACUGAAGAACGCAAGGGCGACGGCAGCUACAAGCCGCUGGCUGAGACGAUCGAGGGGAGUAAUCCGUUCACGACGACUGUGUGGGAGGGAGAACUGCUCAGGAAACAUUACUGUCCCAAGGUUAGAGAGGAACUGAAGACCAUGGAGAAGGAGCUGAAGGGGAUAUAA